AUGGCUUCUUCUGCCGCAUCUCUCCCUCGACAUUUCCCAACAACUGGCUUCAAAAAGAUAGAUUUGUCUCAAAGGAUAGAGGAGGAGAGAUAUGGUGAUUAUGUUGCUGAACGCUACUACCCCGUGCAUAUCGGUGAGAUAUUUCAAUCCAGACAUCAAGUUAUCACAAAGCUUGGAUUUGGCGCAACAUCAACAAUAUGGCUAUGUCGAGACCUCCAGGAACACCGCUACUUAACCUUAAAGGUUAAUGUUCGUAGCAGGCGGCCCAACCCUGAGGUUGAGUUAACGAAUUAUAUGAAGAGUAUAGAGGAUACACAUGGCGGUGAAAUUCAUGUCCGCCGCGUGAUAGAGUCAUUUAGCAUUGAUGGCCCCCAUGGAACUCACUGCUGUAUUCUCUAUGAGCCCACUGGCAUCGACCUAAGUGAUUUCAUACACCGCUUAGAGACUGGUGCACUACCUCCGACUAUGCUUAGGCUAACCGUCCGAUACAUUCUUAUCGCGCUGGACUAUAUUCACCAGUUAGGAAUCAUCCAUACAGAUAUACAACCAAAUAAUGUUCUUCUAGGCAUAGACGAUCAAUCAAUCCUCUCACAACUUGAGUCCGAUGAACUCCAUUAUCCAACAUCUCGGAAGAAGAUGUCCUCACGAACAAUAUAUCUAUCUCGAGAAAUGCCAAUAACACAGGGAUUGCCAAUUCUUUCGGAUAUGGGUGAGGCUCGACGUGUAGAAACAAAACAAAGAGGUAUUAUUCAGCCGAGUAUAUAUCGUGCACCAGAAGUGAUGCUAGACAUGGAGUGGGAUAACAAAGUUGAUAUAUGGGCACUGGGGCAGACGAUAUGGACUAUCUUCGAGCAAGGCCAUCUCUUCGAAAAUGUUAAUCCAAUGGGGGAGCUGGAUCAUGGCCGUAGAUUUGCUGAAAUGAUAUCUCUUCUGGGGCCUCCACCCCCUGAGUUUCUUAAGAGAAGCAAAGAAAGUCAGAAGUACUGGGACGAAAAUGGUAAUACUAUUAUCCUCUCAUUCCCCAAUUAUGUCCUUGUUUUAAUUUGGGUCCUAAUAGGAAACUGGAAACUAUCUCACGCCUAUCCAAUCCCACAGCAGACUUUAGAAUCCCGGGAGAUACAGCUAAAUGGAGAUGAAAAGAAACUAUUCCUGGAUUUUAUCAGAAAGAUGCUACAGUGGAUGCCAGAAGAUAGAGCCAAUGCUCAACAGCUUCUAUUUGAAGAUCCAUGGGUAACAGCGGGUGACUACUAG